AAAAAAGUAAAAAUAGCGCUUCAUUAUUGUCACACCCUGGAUGUUGAUAGAAAAAGAAAAAUACUGGAAUUUUUCGUUUCAACUCGUGAGGAAUUUGUGUUAUUUUAUGAAAUUAUCAUUCGAAUAAUCAUAAUUAAUUAAACAUUUAUUCCAACCGCGAAACUAAUCAUAAAAGGCUUCAUACGAAAUAAUUCAACCGCUCCGGUAAAGUGUACUAUUCGGCUGUGUUUGUUGUGUGUCAUAUCAUCGGUAUUCGGUAGGGCGUUUUUUGGUUAUGUUUUCCAAAAUAAACAUCAAGAUUUGACGACGUUUCUCCAAGUAAAACACUCUCCAACUCGUGAAAUGAAUUCGUAAAUCUUCAUUAAAUUCAAUCACGUAAUACUCAGUAAUUAAGAUGAUAAAAACACGUCUCGGAUUAACAGCUCUCGGCUUCGCUGCUGUUGCAAUUUUAUUCAUUCUCCUAGCUUUUGUCACCUCUUCAUGGCUUGUAACUGAUGGCGAAUUGGAAAAACCAAAGUUUGAAAGUAUUGGAUUAUGGAUCGUGUGUUUCAAAGAUUUCGAAGAUCAAAGACAUUGGUAUGAUACUCAUUUUGCUGGAUGCUGGUGGGUUUAUGAAGAAGAAUACUACAUUAUUCACGAAUUCUUGUUACCUGGAUUUUUCAUCGCUGUUCAAUUUUUCUUCACGAUAACUUUCAUUCUAACCCUAAUCGCUGGUUUAUUGACUCUAGUGUAUUUAUGCACGAGCAGAGAUGCAGAAAACUUCGUAUGUCUUUUAGCAACCUUAGGUGGAUCGAUGUUUACAGCAGCUUUAUCUGGAUCAGUAGCUGUAAUUAUAUUUGGAGCUUACGGAGAUGCCAGAUACUGGAUGCCUAACUGGGAGCAUAACAAUAUGGGAUACUCGUAUUGGAUCGCUGUGAUUGGAACUGUUGCUGCUUACAUCGGCGGUGUCUUAUUUUUGGUCGAAUCACGUAAACAUUCGAUUAAACAUAGAAGAUUUCGGCAAGAUCCCUCGGAUUAUGUUAUGAGUGAACGAACAGCUUAUGGUGGACACACCAACAUCUAGUUAACGUCUCUAUAAUGAAUUUUGGACUGAUUUUUUUUUUUUUAUACUGAAAUUCUCACUAUGUAUUUUUUGUAAUUUUUUUAAAAACGACUCAAGUAUUCUUCACGUAAUUUAUACCCGUCCAGUGUUCGUGAUAAGUCCAUUUGUAUUAUUAUUUUUAAUUCUAUUUCUUAAGUUGUGCCUUAUUUUCAUUUCUAUGAUCUGUUUUUUUACUAAGAGGAAUUUCAACGUGUACACUCGAUUCGAAUGUACGAAGUUUUCCAUUUCAAUGUUGAAUUACGUUUUAUAAUUCAAACUUGUGAAAUUAUUUUAUUUAUUAAUUUAUGAAAAAACGGCUGCUAGUAUUCUUCACGUUAUUCAUAUCCGUCCGAUGAUCGUGAUAAGUUCAUUUGCAUGACUAUUUUUAAUUUAAUCUCAUAAGUUCGCCUUUGAUUUCGUUUCAGUUGAUCUGAUUUUUUCUUUUACUCCACUGAGAAUUUUAAUAUAAUGUAUAAUUUUUACACACCUUAGCUCGAGCUACUUUAUUUUUCAUUUUUCCAACAAUUUUUUUUGUAAUAUCGUGAAUGAAAAUCGAAAAUUUAUUAAUUUAAAUCAUUUUUUUUAUUAAAAUUUUUCUAAUAAUAAAAAUGUUUGCCAACACUGAA